AAUAUGGAAGAAAUUUUAAAUUGAAAGAAAAAUGGAGUUCGAAGAUUUAAAAGUUGAAGUUCCUUUGGACGAAGACGACGAGGCUAGAUUAAACGAUGUCCCUGUAAAGAAAUACCAGAAUGAGGAUGGUAGUAAUUUCAUCACAGGAUUUGAUGUCACCUCUAAGGAAGCGGAAGAGAAGAGGUUACAAAGAGCACAAAGAUUUGGUAUUUCUGUGAAAGAGAAGGCAGAAAAUGCUACUGAGAUUGAAGCAUUACCCAGCUCUGUUCAAAAUCUUCCAAGUAAUAAUCAAGAUGCGAAGAUCAGAUCGGAUGCAAUUCUGUUAUUUGGUGUGAAUGAAAUGAGCACAAAGGAUGUGUUUGAAUAUUUUCAAGGUUACAUGCCUGGCUCCAUAGAAUGGAUUGAUGAUAUAUCAUGUGUUGUUGUGUGGGAGGAUGAAAACUCAACCAAAAGAGCAUUUGCAAAUUUAGGAACCAAAUUUACCCCAGCUGAGGACAGUAGAAUGUGUGAAGAUGAGCAACUGGAGAAUAUUUGGAGAAUUGGAGUGAAACACCCAAAGUCAAAACAACUGUUGAUGCGAUAUGCAACUACAGCUGACAAGAAGAUAAAAGGUGCUGGCUCGCGGAGUCUUUAUUAUCUUAUCCACGGACAUCCGGAAAGCCAAAAACGAAAAGCGAGCAGAAGAGGUCUAGUCAGCUCUUCAAGGAGACGUAAAAUUAAUGCGGAUCAAAAUCGCAUUAAGACAGAACUCGACCAAGGCCCAGAAGUGGAAAUUUUUAAUCAAGAUUCCGAUGACAGUAUGGGGAGGUUUGAGGAUGAAAUGGACAUUGAUGAACCUCCAGUUAAAGUGCUCAUAUCUGAAGGUAUGUCCAGAGGAAGUACUCCGGAUGGAAAUCUUUAUGCAGACCAACAAAGGCAUACUAGUAUAAGAUCACGACUGAGUAAACCCUCCGAUAGUGUUUUAAGAAAAAAACAUAUGAAUGAUCUCCCUAAUUCUGCUAAAAUGGAUGAAGAACUAUCGAAAAGUAACAUCAGAGGAGGGAGGAACUCUGAUGUUUCAGACUUGCGGCAGAAAUUGAAAAAUAGGAAGCAUCGUUUUGACAAAAAAACACGACCUAGCUUGUCAAUUGAAAUAACUGAAGAUUAAUGUGAUUAGUGCAAACAUCCAUUAGUUAGGAAAACAAUUCAUCUGUUCCUGUCCACGUUUUCCUGGGAUUUUCGUGCCUGGUUUAAAUCAAAUUAAAACCAAUAUUAAAAUUGUAAAUAUUUUUAAAGUUGUACAUUAUUAAUAAAACAUUUGUGAGAGAUGAUCCUUUUUGGACCUGU